AUGAAACGGCUUUCUCGAAAACUGACUUUGGCUCUGGUGGUGCUUUGUUGGACUGCUGCACUACUGUAUUUGAUACUCCUAAGUAGGCAGCAAGUAUCCGACCUGGGCACCAAAGACGCACGUUACAGACAGAUCUCGRAGGCAGAAUGGGACGACCUCCUGGAAGAGUUUGAAGAGAAGAACUACCUUAACGCCAGGCGAUGGAAACCAGGACAAGACCCGUACAAACUGUAUGCCUUCAACCAGAGAGAGAGUGAGAGGAUACCCAGCAACAGAGUUCUCAGAGACACACGACAUUACAGAUGCACCACAUUGCAUUAUAACCCAGAUCUGCCCUCCACCUCCAUCGUCAUCACUUUCCACAACGAGGCCCGCUCCACUCUGCUACGGACCAUCAGGAGUGUGCUGAACAGGACGCCAGUCCACCUGAUUCACGAGAUCAUCCUGGUAGAUGACUACAGUGGGGAUGCAAACGACUGCCUUCUACUCACCAAGUUGCCCAAAGUAAAGUGUCUUCGGAAUGACAGGAGAGAAGGUCUGAUCCGCUCCAGGGUACGUGGGGCGGAUGCAGCGAAGGCCGGGGUCCUGACCUUCCUGGACAGUCACUGUGAGGUCAACAAGGACUGGCUCCCCACUGCUCGGAGGAUCAAGGAGGACCCGACCUGUGUGGUGAGCCCAGUGAUCGACAUCAUCAACAUGGAUACCUUCGCCUACGUAGCAGCCUCCUCUGACCUCCGUGGAGGCUUCGACUGGAGUCUACAUUUCAAGUGGGAGCAGUUGUCUGCUGAGCAGAAAGCCAGGAGAACUGACCCCACCGAACCCAUUAAGACUCCCAUCAUUGCCGGAGGGCUGUUUGUGAUUGACAAGUCGUGGUUCAACCACCUGGGGAAGUAUGACACAGCCAUGGACAUCUGGGGUGGGGAGAACUUUGAGAUCUCGUUCCGGGUGUGGAUGUGUGGAGGGAGCCUAGAGAUUAUCCCCUGCAGCAGGGUCGGCCACGUCUUCCGCAAGAAACACCCCUACAUCUUCCCUGAGGGCAACGCCAACACCUACAUCAAGAACACCAGACGGACGGCGGAGGUGUGGAUGGACGAGUUCAAGCUCUUCUACUACUCUGCUCGCCCUGCAGCACGGGGCAAGUCCUACGGAGACAUUCAUAGCAGGGAAGAGCUCCGCAAGAGUCUCAAGUGCAAAUCCUUCAAGUGGUAUCUGGACAACGUCUACCCAGAGCUCAAAGUGCCAGAUGAUUCGGCUAAGUCAGGGGUGAUUCGUCAAAGACAGAAUUGUCUGGAGUCCCGUAGGGUGGAGGGACAGACCUCUCCUCUCACACUGGCACCCUGCAUCGGAACAAAAGCUGUGCCAGCACUCAACCAGGAGUGGAUUUACACCCACGGGCAGCAGAUCCGUCAGCAGCAGCACUGCCUCUCUCUCUCCACCACCUUCCCUGCCUCCCAGGUCAUGCUCAUGCCCUGCAACAUCAGCGACGGGAAACAACGAUGGCAGAAGUCAGGCACCCACCUGGAGCACCUGGUCUCCCACUUCUGCCUGGACAGUGAAAUGGCCCUGGAAGGCAUCGAGAGCAGCAAGAUGCUGGUGAUCAGCCCCUGUGAACUGACAGCCUACACCCAGAGAUGGGAGAUGCCCUUCUCAUGAUCCAUCCACAACACAAGCCUUCCUGUAGAGGAGGACUACACUAUGAGCACUCACGACCUACUGCAGUGCUUACUAUAGCCAAGAGCUUUUAGAAAGAGAUAGAGAUGGAGGAGGUGGAGACCGGCGUAAAGGGUAUUUUCGGUCACUGAGAUUAGUCUUUAUAAGAUCGCAUGGACUUGGACUGACGUCAGCACAUUCAAUUGCUCAACAAGACACUCAGCAGCAGUGGUGGAAAAAGUACUCAAUUGUCAUACUUCAGUAAAAGUAAAGAUACAUUAAUAGAAAAUGACUCAAAUA